AUGGUAGUUGAUAUAAUGGCCUAUAUCGCUUGGCGGCUCAGCGGCUUUCCAAGAAAUCGUGUGUUUGGAAUCGGAACAAUUCUUGAAUCUGCUGCAUUUCGAGUUUCCAUAGGUCAGAAGCUCAGUAUUAGCCCCCAUACUAUAGAAGGAUGUGUACUCGGAGAGCACGGGCCUAACUCAGUUCCCAUAUUCAGUUCUGUUGUGUGUGGCAGUACCAGAAUUAGAAAAGUGUACCCGUCAUUUGGAACUGAAAAAGACAAUGAGGGCUAUGAAAAGAUUCCCGAGAAUGUGGAUACAAAUAUUCGAUUUAUUAACAAACAUAAAGGCAGCUGCUCCUGGUCCCUUGGUUUGAUAGUGUGCCACAUUUGCGAAGUUAUUCUGAACGACGGAAACAUUAUUCUGCCACUUUCAACCCACGCUAAGGUAAAAAGCUCAGAAAAUUACUCGCGCUUUAGCACGACGAAUGUACCAGGAAUCGACAAAGACAUUUUCAUCAGUCUACCUUGCUUGGUAAAUUCGAAUGGAGUGCGAGGAGUCAUGUUCCAAGACUUAGCCGAUGACGAAAAGGACAAACUCUAUAAAUCCGCCAAGGAGAUUGAAACACUCAUUUUGAGCAUUGACUGGUGA